UCAGGGUAUAAAGCAGAGCCCCUCUGAACGAGCUGUUAUUUCGCUGUGGCCGUCCUGAGGUCAGCGGGCAGCUUUUCCUUUGGAGUUCCGCAUCUCUUCUGUGUCAUCGCCACGUCCGGCUUUGAGUGGGACCGCUGAGGAGUUGCCAACAUGUCCCGCCUUGACUUGAAGGAGUUCGGGGAGGCUGCGCCGUUUUUACGCAAAUCAGAAAUGGAGCUGCUGGCGAUGUUCAACGUCGCUUUUGACGGUAAGAAGCGAGCAUGGAUUCCCGAUGACAAAGAGGCCUACAUCGAGAUCGAGAUCAAGGAGCUCAGCGGUGACAAAGUCAUCGUGGAGACCAAGGAUGGGAAGACGCUGACCGUGAAGGAUGGUGACAUCCAGCAGAUGAACCCUCCGAAGUUUGACAUGAUUGAGGACAUGGCCAUGCUGACCCACCUCAAUGAGGCCUCUGUGCUCUUCAACCUGCGCCGACGCUACUCGCACUGGAUGAUCUACACUUACUCCGGCCUCUUCUGCGUGACGGUGAAUCCCUACAAAUGGCUGCCUGUCUACACAGCGCCUGUGGUUGCUGUGUACAAAGGCAAACGCCGCUCAGAGGUGCCACCCCACAUCUACUCCAUUGCAGACAAUGCCUACAACGACAUGCUACGCAAUCGGGAAAACCAGUCCAUGCUCAUUACCGGAGAAUCCGGUGCGGGCAAAACUGUCAACACGAAACGUGUCAUUCAGUAUUUUGCCAUUGUGGCAGCUCUUGGGGAAACAUCUGCUAAAAAAGGACAAGGUCCGGCCACUAAAACAGGGGGAACUCUGGAAGAUCAGAUCAUCGAGGCCAACCCUGCCAUGGAAGCAUUUGGAAAUGCCAAAACUAUAAGGAAUGACAACUCAUCCCGUUUUGGCAAGUUCAUCAGAAUCCACUUUGGGCCGACUGGGAAACUUGCGUCGGCUGAUAUCGAUAUUUAUCUUCUGGAAAAAUCCAGAGUGAUAUUCCAGCAGCCCGGUGAGAGGAGCUACCAUAUCUACUACCAGAUCAUGUCGCAGAAAAAACCUGAACUUUUAGACAUGCUGCUGGUGUCCUCCAACCCGUACGACUACCACUUCUGCUCGCAGGGCGUGACCACUGUGGAGAACCUCGAUGAUGGACAGGAGUUGAUGGCCACGGAUCAUGCCAUGGACAUCCUCGGCUUCCUGCCCGAUGAGAAAUACGGCUGCUAUAAAAUAGUUGGAGCCAUCAUGCACUUUGGCAACAUGAAGUUCAAGCAGAAGCAGCGUGAGGAACAGGCUGAGGCUGAUGGCACUGAAAGUGCAGACAAGGCCUCCUACCUGAUGGGGGUCAGUUCAGCUGAUCUCAUCAAGGGCCUCCUUCACCCAAGGGUGAAGGUGGGUAAUGAGUACGUAGUGAAGGGACAGAACGUGGAACAGGUUACGUACGCUGUCGGUGCACUGGCCAAAGCCACUUACGACCGCAUGUUCAAGUGGCUUGUGGGACACAUCAACCGCACCUUGUACACCGCGCUGCCUCGCCAGUUCUUCAUAGGAGUCCUGGACAUUGCUGGAUUUGAGAUCUUUGAACUCAACAGUUUCGAGCAGCUGUGCAUCAACUUCACCAAUGAGAAACUGCAACAGUUUUUCAACCAUCACAUGUUCAUCCUGGAGCAGGAGGAGUACAAACGGGAGGGCAUCGAGUGGACCUUCAUCGAUUUUGGGCUGGACCUUCAAGCUUGCAUCGAUCUCAUCGAAAAGCCGCUGGGCAUCAUGUCCAUCCUCGAAGAGGAGUGCAUGUUUCCAAAGGCAACCGACAGCAGCUUCAAAGCCAAGAUGUUUGACAAUCACCUCGGCAAAUCGCCCAAUUUUCAAAAGCCACGCCCAGACAAGAAGCGCAAGUAUGAGGCGCACUUUGAGCUGGUGCACUACGCUGGCGUGGUGCCAUAUAACAUUUUUGGCUGGCUGGACAAGAACAAAGACCCACUGAAUGAGACAGUGGUGUUGUGUUUCCAAAAGUCAUCCAACAAACUGCUGGCGUCCCUGUACGAGAAUUACAUCAGCUCAGACACAGUGAGUGAGAUCAAGCCUGGAGUGAAGGAAAAGAGGAAGAAGGCCGCCUCCUUCCAGACCGUCUCUCAGCUUCACAAGGAAAAUCUGAACAAGCUGAUGACCAACCUCCGCAGCACCCAACCCCACUUUGUGCGCUGCAUCAUCCCCAAUGAGACCAAGACUCCAGGGCGCAUCGAUCCGUUUAUGGUGCUGCACCAGCUGCGCUGCAAUGGUGUGCUGGAAGGCAUCAGGAUCUGCAGAAAGGGAUUCCCCAACCGCAUCUUCUAUGCUGAAUUCAAGCAGCGCUAUCGCAUCCUGAACCCACACGCCAUCCCAGAAGAUAAAUUUGUGGACAGCAGGAAGGCUGCAGAAAAGCUGCUGGCUUCUUUGGACAUCGACCACAGCCAGUAUAGAUUUGGACACACAAAGGUGUUCUUCAAGGCAGGUCUGCUGGGCCACCUGGAGGAGUUGAGGGAUGAGCGCCUGGCCAAACUGCUGACACUGCUCCAGGCAGCCGCACGCGGAAAGAUCAUGAGGAUGGAGCUGCAGAGGUUGACCCUGAAGACGAAUGCUUUGUUGAUCAUCCAGUGGAACAUCCGGGCCUUCUACGCUGUCAAGCACUGGCCCUGGAUGAAGCUCUUCUUCAAAAUCAAGCCUCUUCUGAAGAGCGCCGCCACUGAAAAAGAGCUGGCUGCUCUAAAAGAGGAGAUGGCAAAACUGAAGGAGGCCCUGGAAAAAUCUGAGGCAAAGCGGAAAGAGCUGGAGGAGAGGCAGGUCAGCCUGAUCCAAGAGAAGAAUGACCUGUCUCUGCAGCUGCAGGCAGAGCAGGACAAUUUGGCGGAUGCUGAGGACCGAUGUGACCUUCUCAUUAAAACUAAGAUCCAGCUGGAGGCCAAAGUUAAAGAACUAUUGGAGAGGCUGGAGGAUGAGGAGGAGAUGAACGCCAAUGUGCUCGCCAAGAAGCGUAAGCUGGAGGAUGAGUGUGCUGAGCUGAAGAAAGACAUAGAUGAUCUGGAGAUCACCUUGGCCAAAGUGGAAAAGGAGAAACACGCCACAGAGAACAAGGUGAAGAACCUGAUUGAGGAAAUGGCAGCUUUGGAUGAAAACAUUAUGAAGCUGACCAAAGAGAAGAAGGCUCUGCAGGAGGCUCACCAGCAGACUCUAGAUGACCUGCAGGCAGAGGAAGACAAAGUCAAUUCUCUGACCAAAGCCAAGACCAAAUUGGAGCAACAAGUAGAUGAUUUGGAGGGCUCUCUGGAACAAGAGAAGAAGCUGCGCAUGGACCUGGAACGAGUCAGACGUAAGCUAGAGGGUGAUCUCAAAAUGUCCUUGGAAUCUGUCAUGGACCUGGAAAACGACAAGCAGCAGCUUGAAGAGAGGCUGAAAAAAAAAGACUUUGAAAUGAAUGCGAUGAGCUCAAAGAUUGAAGAUGAGCAAGCCAUAGUCAACCAGCUGCAGAAGAAGAUAAAGGAGCUACAGGCUCGUUCAGAGGAGUUAGAGGAGGAGCUGGAAGCUGACAGGGCUUGCAGGGCCAAAGUGGAGAAGCAGCGUGGUGAUGUGGCUCGUGAGCUGGAGGAGCUAAGCGAGCGUCUGGAGGAGGCCGGUGGAGCCACCUCAGCCCAGAUUGAGAUCAACAAGAAGAGAGAGACUGAUUUUCUGAAGCUUCGACGAGACCUGGAGGAAGCCAUGCUGCACCAUGAGGCCACCACUGCAGCCCUGAGGAAGAAGCAUGCCGACAGUGUAGCAGAGCUGAGCGAGCAGAUUGACAGCCUGCAGCGCAUCAAGCAGAAGCUGGAGAAGGAAAGGAGCGAGGCCAAGAUGGAGGUUGAUGAUCUGGCUUCCACUGUGGAGCAGCUCUCCAAAGGCAAGGCCACUUCAGAGAAGACGUGCCGUCUGUUUGAAGAUCAGUUGAGUGAAGCUAAAGCAAAGUGGAAGAGCUCCAGAGGCAACUCAAUGACGCCAACACCCAGAGGGCCCCGCGCACAGGCCGAGAGUGCCGAGGUUACCAGGAAGCUGGAAGAGCGUGAAUCCAUGAUCUCCCAGCUCCAACGUGCCAAGAACUCCUUCAGCCAGAAUGUUGAUGAACUUAAGAAACAGCUGGAGGAGGAAAAUAAGGCUAAGAAUGCCCUGGCUCACUCGCUGCAGUCAUCCAGACAUGACUGUGACCUGUUGAGAGAGCAGUAUGAUGAGGAACAGGAAGCCAAGGCUGAACUGCAGAGGGCACUGUCCAAAGCUAAUGCAGAGGUGGCCCAGUGGAGGACGAAGUAUGAAACUGAUGCCAUCCAGAGGACUGAAGAGCUGGAGGAAGCCAAGAAGAAGCUGGUCACACGUCUGCAAGAGGCUGAGGAGACAGUGGAAACUUCCAAUGCCAAGUGUUCCUCGCUCGAGAAGACGAAACACAGACUCCAGACAGAGAUCGAGGAUCUUCUCAUCGACCUGGAGCGAUCCAAUGCUGCAGCAGCUGCUUUGGACAAAAAGCAACGGAACUUUGACAAGGUGCUGGCUGAGUGGAAACAGAAGUACGAGGAAUGCCAGACAGAGCUGGAGAGUUCUCAGAAAGAGUCCCGUGGUCUGAGCACAGAGCUCUUCAAACUGAAGAACUCCUAUGAGGAGACCCUAGAUCAUUUGGAAACCAUCAAAAGGGAGAACAAGAACCUCCAAGAGGAGAUAACUGACCUGUCAGAUCAAAUCAGUCAGGGGGCGAAGAUGAUCAACGAGCUGGAGAAGAUAAAGAAAGGGCUGGACCUGGAGAAGAGUGAGAUCCAAGCUGCUUUGGAGGAAGCUGAAGGUACUCUAGAGCACGAAGAAAGCAAAACUCUCCGGAUCCAGCUGGAGCUGAACCAGAUGAAGGCUGAUAUGGACAGAAAGUUGGCAGAAAAGGACGAGGAAAUUGACAACCUGCGCCGUAACCACCAGAGAACACUGGAGUCCAUGCAGGCCACCUUGGAUGCUGAGGCCAAGUCUCGCAACGAGGCGGUGCGCCUGAGGAAGAAGAUGGAGGGUGACCUGAAUGAGAUGGAGGUGCAGCUCAACCAUGCUAACAGACAGGCAGCUGAGUCCCAGAAACUGCUGAGGAAUCUGCAGGUCCAAAUCAAGGAUCUUCAGCUGGAGCUGGAUGAGACUAUUCAUCAGAACGAGGAGCUGAAGGAGCAGAUGGCAGUGACGGAGCGCCGAAACAACCUGCUGGCAGCUGAGGUGGAGGAGCUCCGGGCACUGCUGGAGCAAAACGACCGCUCGCGUAAGCUUGCUGAGCAUGAGCUGCUCGAGUCCACUGAGAGGGUGAACCUGUUACACUCUCAGAACACGGGGCUGAUCAACCAGAAGAAGAAGCUGGAGAACGAUCUGUCCAUGCUGUCAACUGAGGUUGACGACGCCAUCCAGGAGUGCCGCAAUGCAGAAGACAAGGCUAAAAAAGCCAUCACUGAUGCAGCCAUGAUGGCCGAGGAACUGAAGAAGGAGCAGGACACCAGUGCCCAUCUGGAGAGGAUGAAGAAGAACAUGGAGCAAACCAUAAAGGACCUGCAGAUGCGUCUGGACGAGGCUGAGCAGAUCGCCCUCAAGGGUGGGAAGAAGCAAGUCCAGAAACUGGAGGCUAAGGUCAAAGAGCUGGAGAUUGAAUUGGAAUCUGAGCAGAAGAAGAGCCAGGAGUAUCAGAAAGGAGUGCGCAAGUAUGAGAGGAGAAUUAAAGAGCUGACUUAUCAGGCCGAGGAGGACAAGAAGAACCUGGUCCGCCUACAGGACCUCAUAGACAAGCUGCAGGCAAAGCUGAAGAGCUACAAGAGACAAGCUGAGGAAGCGGAGGAGCAGGCAAACACCAACCUGUCUAAGUACAGGAAGCUCCAGCAUGAGCUUGACGAUGCAGAGGAGAGAGCUGACAUGGCAGAAUCCCAGGUCAACAAGCUCCGUGUCCGCAGCCGGGACCAAGGCGGCAAGGUCAGGAUAGUAGAAUAAGUCCAUGGUACAUUACGGAACAGGGUUUUUUCUGUUAACCUUUAUCAGAGUGCAGAGCAGGUCUAAAAACUGCUCAACUCCAUACGGUGCAUCCGGAAAGUAUUCACAGCGCUUCACUUUUCCCCCAUUUUGCUAUGUUAUAGCCUUAUUCCAAA